AAAUGGAAAAAAAGGAGAGAACGAUGGGUGGGGGCUUGGAAAGAGUGUGUGAGAGGGUGUGUCUAACUCUAUUUAAAGGUUUGCGUCUGUGCUCUCCUCUCAAAUCCCUCUCUUCCAGCCUUUUGAUCCACCAAGUCUUCAUACAACUUCGACACCAUGGCAGGUCUCCCAGCAGCAAUGGCAAUACUCAUGGACACCUUCGACAGAUAUGCUGGAAAAGAAGGAGACAGCAAGACUUUGACCAAGGGAGAACUCACUGAACUGCUCCGCAACGAGCUUCCUGGGGCAGGCUCAAACAAAGCUGCUGUGGACGAAUUCUUCAGCAUGCUGGAUAGCGACAAGGAUGGUGUUGUGGAUUUCACGGAGUAUGUUACUUUUGUAACAGCCCUCACUGUGAUCUGCAGUAAGAAAUAAAUGCUUUAGCCACACUGCUUCAGAA